AUGCGCUCUCUCCUCUCGCUCUGCACCCUCCUCAUCCUCCUCUCGACCGCACACGCUGCCGUCUUCCGCUCGCCGAACGUCAAGCACUUGACGACGAGGACGUUCAAAAAGGCUGUGCACUCGUCCGACAAGCUCACGCUCGCAGCCUUCGUCGCGCCUUGGUGCGGCUACUGCAAGAAGCUUGCGCCAGAGUAUGACCGGGUGGCGGACAGUCUCAAGGGGAUCGUCAACGUCGUCUCGGUUGACUGUGACACUGAUGAGAACAAGCCCUUAUGCGGCGAGAUGGGCAUCCAAGGCUUCCCGACUCUCAAGAUGUUCCCCGGCGGAUCUGCUCCUCCUCGCAGCUACGACGGUCCUCGCGAGACGAGGGACAUGAUCGCCGCGGCCACAGGCAACAUGCCUACGUUCGUGAAGCGGGCGGGCACCGCUGCCGAGGCCGCCUCCAAGCCCGUUUCGCUGCUCUUCACCUCCGCAGGCAAGGUCACGCCGCUGUACAAAGCCCUCUCGACCGACUUCCACCGCUCGAUCGACUUUUACGCCGCGCGGGAUACCAAGGUCGGCGAGGGGGCGAUGAAGAGCUUUGGCGUGGAGAAGACGCCUGCGCUACUUGUCCUGCACGGCGGUGAGGUGAGCAAGUACGACGGUCCGCUCAAGUACGACUCGCUGCACAAGUUCCUUGCCGAGUUUGCGCAGACGAAGCAAGGUCACAAGGCGAAGAAGACGCACGACGACCUCUAA